AUGCUUUUGGCUGUAGUCACCAUGGCAAACAACUAUAAAUUGGGCUAUCAACUGUUACCCAAUCCAGCACAUUCUCCAACCGACUACACAAAUACAAGCAACAACAAUUUGGUGCUGGAAAAUUUACAUCAAUCCCUUAAUCGCCACAUUGACAAUGUUAAUCCUAUCACCGCCUCCUAUUCUUCAUCGGCUACAACCCUUUCAUCGAAUACCACAAGUGAUGUCUCCGCAGCAUCCGCCGCCACAGCUAAUAAAAAUAUCUGCUCCACCACAGACAGCCAUCAGCAGCACAACAGCUCACAGGAGAAAAAGAAAUGCAUUGAUUUGCAAACAUCCAACAACAACAACAACAAUAACAAUACAAACAGCCUCAACCUAAUGGACCCCACCACCAAUAACAACAGCAACAAUGAUGAGUUGCAUUUGAAUGGCAAUUUACAGAAAACCCAUUGUUGCAUGCCACCCAUAUCGAUAUCAUCAUCUGUGUCUUCCAGCGCUGUAACAGCGUUACAAUCUACAACGGAUCUGGCUAGAGAACAAUGGUAUGUCCAUCAUGCUCACCACACGCCAACACAUCCUCAUCAGCAGUUGGCCGAUGAAUUUGUUAUGUAUGCUCCUGCCUUGCCAUCGAGUAGUUCUGCAUCUUCCAUUGGUAAAUUUGGCAUUGAAAGUACAACAGAAAGUUAUUUAAAUUCAAGAUAUAAUGUAAAUGUCAAAGGAGUGCGUCAUGAAAGAGCAUCAUCUUUUUUCGACAUUCCAGCUGUGACGCAUCCAUACUGUUACAGAUUUCCAUCAUCACCACCUGCAGGGAUUUUAAAGAAAAACGAUGAUGAUUCCAACUUCUGUAAUAAUAACGGUGUUUCGUCUUCCCUACAAUUUGGCCAGCAUUAUCACAAUACGAAAACUGAACAUCCAGACUCAACCACUACACAUUUAACCAAUCAUCAUCCUCAUACUACACAUCCGCAUGUACAUCACCAUCACCACCAUUCACAUCAUCCCCAUGCUCAAAGCACAAAUCUGCAUCAUCAUCAACACGCUCAUUUAAGUCCACAUUCAUCGGCGUUCAAGUUCAGUCAUUCACCUUCGGUCUAUCAUCAUCAAUACAAUGGCCAGACGCCAACGGCAUAUGGUUUAAGAACAACAGCGGAAAUAACAACAUCAUCAUUAGCAUUGGCACCUGUUUCCACUACGGCCGAGGUUGAUAUAAAAUAUGAAAAUCCUUAUAAUUCCGCGAUAUCAUCUACAUAUACACUAAGGCCGGGAAGUGGAGUGGACUCCUCAACAGCGGUGUCGUCAACGGAUACAGAUUUCAAAUUGGAAAGUUUAUAUGCUUCCAAUAAUAAUAUUACGACCAGUCAUACGGUUAGUCAGCGAAGGGGUUCACUGCAAUUGUGGCAAUUUUUGGUGGCUCUGCUGGAUGAGCCGACCACAAAUUCUAGUUGCAUUGCCUGGACUGGUCGUGGCAUGGAAUUCAAACUCAUCGAACCCGAGGAGGUGGCACGGCGUUGGGGCAUACAAAAAAAUCGACCCGCUAUGAAUUACGACAAAUUAUCACGCAGUCUACGUUACUAUUACGAGAAGGGCAUAAUGCAAAAGGUUAAUGGCGAACGUUACGUAUAUCGUUUUGUCUGUGAUCCCGAGGCCCUUUUCAAUAUGGCCUAUGGCCAUUUGGGUAAUUCAGCCACAGCAGCGAAAGGCGAUCAUCAACAGCAUCAUCAUCAGCAGCAACAGCAUCUUCACCAUCAUCAUCAUAAUUUACUAGCUUCACCCACGUCAGCAACCAAAACAAAUGUAGACUCUAGUCUAAUAUCAAGAGAUGCAAUUACCACUUCCUCAUCUCUGGAGGAGGAGGCAAACAGAGAGAGAAGCUCACUCAGCCUCAGCCAUGUGACGGGGGCAAAACAUCAUGAGCAAUUAUUUUAUGGUAAAUUUUAAUUGAGGAAAUAAAACAAACAGAUGUUAAUUGAUUG